GCCUCCUCUCCUGCCCAUUCACAUCAUCGUAGACUGUUAUGGGUCAGCCUAUUGGAAUCAGAGCCAAUGUUCCAAUACCAAACAGUAUAAUUUAAUUUCAGUAUCAAACAUUUAUACUCCUGUUUUUUCUGAUCUGAUUGAUGUUUUACUCCGUGCUGUUGGUCGUCAAUUCCAGUGGUAUGCCAUUUCGGGACACACCGACUUUCAAAACGAGCACAACGACACUUUUUCCUCAUUUGACGUAGAAUCAGGAAGUCACGGGAUAGUUUUGCUUCGGUUUUUCGAGUAUCAAAACGGUGUGGUUGUUGCUUUCUCUAGAGUAAAACAUGAGCCGAAUUUAUAACAAUACGUCCUUGCAGAAUAAACCUGUUCAUAAUGAAAAGAUUGAGCACGCGUGGGCCCCCUCCUCAUAUCAGAGUGGUCUAGGUGUCAUAUUAGAGGGAAAGUUGGUUGAUGUCUCACGCCAUGUUAUCACUGACGUCAACAAUCAGAAGGACCGUUUCUAUGUCCUAUACAUCAAACCUAGUCGAAUCCACCAAAGGAAAUUUGAUGCUAAAGGAAUGGAAAUUGAACCAAACUUCAGUGAUACCAAAAAGGUCAACACUGGUUAUCUCAUGUCAUCAUUCAAGGUGGAGGCUAAAGGAGAGACUGAUUGCCUCACUGAGGUCCAGCUGGAAAACCUAGUGACCAAGGAGGAUCUGGUGAAAGUGACAGGGAAACACUGUCUAAGUGGGACCUAUGCUUUCUGGUACCCAGAGGGAGAGAUGAGCAAGACUGAACUAGAAACAGGCCAGGACAUUCGACUGAAAACCAAAGGCGAUGGCCCAUUUAUUUUUUCCUUGGCCAAAGUCGAUGGAGGCACAGUGACCAAAUGCAAUUUUGCCGGAGACAAAGAAGCAGGAGCAUCGUGGACAGACAAAAUAAUGUCCAACAAGUCCGAUGCCAGCAGUGCAACGAAGUCUGAAGGCCAUGGCGAGGGAGCAGAUGAGGAGGAAUGGGAUGAAUGAGAUGAAUGGAAUUGCACAGUAAAACCUCCUUAUUCCUGUGAUGGUUUGUACUUCAUUUUUUAUUCAGCACUCCUUUUGUAAUAUAGAGUUCUCUACAAGUUGACAAAUAACCUUGUAAUAAAACUAAUAUGUCAAUUUAUCUGAUGGAGUUGUUCUAAUCAUGUGUGUCAUCCAAAAUGUAAACCAUCAAUUGGAUAAGAGUGGUCAUGCAAGGGCAGAUUUAUAACUUUUAUUAGUAGAGUAGCCAUUGUCUGCUAAUCAGAUUAUUAGUGUGUGCAAAUGUAUGAAGUUGCCAAAUAGAUGUAGGCUACAGUAGGUGAUUUUAAAUAAUGCAUUCUCAAAAAAAAAGAUUCAAAACUGUUUGGGUUACCAGCAUGAAUGAAUACACUACAUGUAACAAAUAAACUAAAUGUCUGAGCCCUUUACUAACAAAUAAUGCACUUAGAUACAAUUAUGUACAUAUUUAUUGUUGAAUAUUCCUCACGCCUCCAAACAUGAUAGCCCAAACAUUUACAUUGAUUUAAAAAAGGAAAAUGGCAAGAUGCAAUAUGCAAUACUUUGGUACAUAAUACUUUAACAAAUACAUAAAGACAUAUUAUUGCGUGUUGUUUGAUAGUCUUAACAGAAUAAUUGUAGUUGUCAAUGAACCUGAGAAAGUACUUUCUCUGGAUUUGACUUUGUCAGUGUAAACAAUAUUGGAAAGUCUCAAAAAUACAUGGUGGAUUUGUUACUUGUUGAAAUAAAACAGAAUUUCCUGUUGAAUUAAAAGUGACGUAAUUCCUUUCAAACAUUGAAAUAUACAUAUUUAUUUUAGAAUAAUAUUGCAUGUUGAUUAUAUGGAACCUGUUUUCAUAUGUAAUUAGAAUGAAAUAAAAUCAGUUUUUCAUCCCA